AUCCAACCUUGAAUAGUAGUUCUUUGCUCCCCACUCUUCGAGUAAUCAAUUACACAGUGAAUGUAUGAGUAAAUAAAGUAACAUACUAGAACUGCUAUCACUCCAAGAAGAAACUUCAACGUGAUAACUCUGUCUCUCCUCAUCACCUGACGCUCUUCCUUUUUCUGUUGAAUGCGAUUGGAUAUUGAAAACAAAAAUGAAACGCUGGGCUGGUAAAGUAGCUAUAGUUACUGGUGCAUCUAGUGGCAUAGGAUUAGGAAUAGUGAAAGCUUUUGUACAAAAUGGAAUAUUCACGAUUGGAUUUGCUAGAAGAAAAGAGAAAAUGGAGAGCGAAAUGCAGAAUGUUAAGGGAAAAGGUAAAGGAAAGUUCUAUGCUUACGAGUGUGAUGUUACCAAGCCCGAAAGUAUCGAACAAGCAUUCGAAUGGGUCAAGAAUAAUUUUGGAACAGUACAUAUUCUGGUGAACAAUGCUGGGGUCUCCUCAAAUGUCAAAUUUAUGAAUUCAUCACGACCUGAUUGGCAAAGAUUAUUCGAUGUCAAUGUGUUGGGAUUAAUUGAUUGUACUAAACGUGCCGCUAGAAUGAUGCUAGAUUCUGAAAUAGAAGGUUAUAUUAUUAAUAUAAACAGUAUCGCAGGACACUAUCUAAAUGUUUUCCCAAAUUGUAGUCUUAACUUUUACCCAGCAUCUAAAUUCGCUUCCGUUGCUGCUACUGAGAUCACACAAAAGGAAUUGCAUGGUAGUAAGAUUCGAGUGACGAGUAUCAGUCCAGGAUUAGUAUCUACGGAAAUCUUCGAUGCCAAUAACUUUAAUGCCAAUAACUUCAACGUAGACACAAUCAAGGAUUUACCAAUAUUGGAAGCUGAUGAUAUCGCAAAUGCUGUUAUUUAUUUAAUUGGAACUCCACAACGCGUUCAUAUUACUGAAUUGAUAAUUAGACCUUUUGGAGAAGUUAAAUAUUAGUGUUAAACAUGAAAUAAUAUAUAAUAUUUUAACUAAGCAUUAUAUUGCUUCUAUCUUAGUGAAAAUAAGUACAAUAAAAGUAUUUUUUUUUAAUAAUAUAAAAAUUAACAAAAAUUUACAUUAUAAGCGAAAAUAAAAAUCAUAUUGUUUAUAUUAA